UACUUCUCUUGUAGCAAUGGGUAGCAGAAGGCAUGGCCAAAGACACAGAGCCUAGGGGAAGUAAAUGUCUUCAUCCUGAAUGCUUAUAUGAUGUCUGUAUCCUCUAAUUCCUGGAAAAACUACAUGCACAUCUGCACAUCUAGAGUGCGGUCAAGAUUCAGAUCCAGCAACAGGCAGCCGUGGGGCAGCACCUCCCAGAUUUCUACAAUACAUACCUGUCAGAAUAUCUAGAAGAAUACCUGGAUCCUAGAGUCAUCAAUGCAAUGACUGGGAGAAGGAACAGUACCAUGAUCACGAGGUUCAUUCUCUUGGGAUUCUCUGAAUUUCCAAAGCUCACCGUUGUCCUCUUUUCAACAUUCCUAGGGAUCUACCUUUUAACAGUGUCCUGGAAUGUGGGCCUCAUCACGCUCAUCAAGAUGGACCCCCAUCUGCACACACCUAUGUACUUUUUCCUGAGUAACCUGUCCUUGCUGGACAUCUGCUAUAUUUCUACUGUUGCCCCCAGGAUGCUCUCAGACUUCUUCAAGACCCAUACAUUCAUCUCCUUUGUGGGGUGCACCAUGCAAUACUUCUUCUUCUCUAGCCUGGGUCUGACUGAAUGCUGUCUCCUGGCAGCCAUGGCUUAUGAUCGCUAUGUUGCCAUUUGCAAUCCUCUGCUCUACACAGCCAUUAUGUCCCCCACACUCUGUGUGCAGAUGGUGGCAGGAUCUUGCAUAACUGGAUUCUUUGGCUCAUCUAUCCAACUGUGUGCCUUACUUCAGCUGCAUUUCUGUGGGCCAAACAUCAUCAACCAUUUCUUCUGUGACCUACCCCAACUGCUAAUCCUAUCCUGCUCUGACCCUUUUUUUUUCCAGGUCCUGAUUUCUGUGCUCACAGUGAUCUUUGGGCUCACAUCUGUCCUGGUUAUUAUGAUAUCCUACGGUUAUAUUGUUGCCACCAUUCUGAAGAUCACUUCAGCUGAAGGCAGGUCCAAGGCCUUCAACACCUGUGCUUCUCACCUGACUGCAGUGACCCUCUUCUUUGGCUCAGGUAUCUUUGUUUAUAUGUAUCCUAAUUCUGGUGAUUCCCGGAGCCAAAACAAGUUGGCAUCACUCUUAUACACUACUGUAAUCCCCAUGCUAAACCCAUUGAUCUACAGCCUGAGGAACAAGGAAAUCAAAGAUGCCCUAAACAGAUGGAAGAAGAGAAUCUUCUCUUGAUGUUACUAAUUUUGGAAUUUACUCCAGAUGUCCCGGGUAGGAAAAGUAUCAACUAAAACAUUGAUCCAUGACUCUUCUAAUUGUGGAAUUACAGUUCUAUACUUUUCUUCUAGAAACCUACAACUAGCACAGGGAUAAGAAAAAUGCACAAGAAGUAUCUGGAAGCUCAACAUGUCCAUUCUUCAUCAUUUGUGAUCCAAUACAUCAAUAGGCCAAGAAAUUCACAAGUAUUGUUGCAGCUAGUAGUGGUGCUGUGUCCCUCCCCCUCAAUAUUCCAUCCCUACCUAACACAUACUAUUUCAAGAGCCAGAGAUAUGAGUACUGGCCAAGGCUGUCAGGAAACUGGCAAGCUUCUUAAUUAUUGUUCUUUGACUUUUUCAUAGCCCUGCACAGUCUUGGAUCUCAGGUUCUGCUAGAACUGACCAGUAGGCCAGGACUCUUUUUUAAAAAAUUGUUGACACUAUUACAGAUGUCCCCACUGCCUCCCUGAGCUUCCCCCUCCACCCAGUCCCCUCACCCCACUGGCCUUCAGCAUAUUGUUGUCAGGGGCCGUGUCAUAUGCCUACUUGUUCCUUGGCUAAUCUUUUCCAGUCCUGCCCUCUCCCCUCCCAUCUGAGAUCUCUCUGUUCCAUAUAUCCACGCCUCUGGUCCUAUUUUGUUUGUCAGUUUAUUUUGUUCAUUAGAUUACACAUAUAAGUGAAAUCAUAUGGUAUUGGUCUUUCUCUGACUGGCUUAUUUCAUUUAGCACAAUAGUUUCCAGUUUCAUUCAUGCCAUCACAAGGGAUAAUAGUUCCUUUUUACACUUGCCUAGCAUUCCAUUGUGUAAAUAUACCACAGCUUUUUAACCUACUCAGCUACUGAUGGGCACUUGGGCUGUUUCCAGGUCUUACUGCCAGGAGUAUUGCAAUUGCCCCACCUGUAGUGCCAUGACAUGGUCCAGAUAGAUCAUUCAUCAACACGACAUUUAUUGGACAAAUAAGUGUUCUUGGAACAAGACUGAGCCAAAUGCAGAAUUAAAGAAAAGGAGAGGACAGCAGCCCCUUUGGUCAGAAUUAGAAAUGAAGAGGUUUACCACAGAUUUCCUUGAAACAGCCAUUUCUCUUUAUGCUUUUGAAAUAUGACUUGACUUGUACUGAUUAGAGUUAUAUAUGGAUUGUCAGGAAUAUAUCACAUGGCUACAAAGAUGACAAAAUUAACCAAUUAAUAUUAAGUGGCAAAUAAAAUGGAACAACAUCU